AUGGAGGCGUGUGCUGAAUCUGGACGGAGACUGCGACCAAUCUGCAGGAUAAUUUAUGACGAAAACGAGGAUUUGUCCGAUGUUGAAGAAAUCGCAAAUAUCCGAGGUUUCGACCUGGAGGAGAAACUUGUUUCUAACUUCUACGGCAGCAACUUCGUUCAGCAUAUGGAUGGCAAAGAUUUUACAUAUGAGUAUGUGCAAAGACACGCGCUCAGAACUCCCCUCAUUUUUAAAGCCAAAGACGGACUGGGAAUUCGAAUGCCAGAUCCUGAAUUCACAGUCAGUGAGAUCAAGGGUUUGGUUGGCAGCAGACGGGCAGUGGACGUUAUGGACGUCAGCACUCAGAAAGGCACAGAGAUGAGCAUGGCCCAGUUUGUCCGAUACUACGAGACUCCAGAGGAGGAGAGAGACAAACUCUUCAACGUGAUCAGCCUGGAGUUUAGCCACACCAAGCUGGAGAACCUCAUCAAGAGACCCACCGUGGUGGACCUCGUGGACUGGGUGGACAACAUGUGGCCUCCUCAUCUGAAGGAGAAACAAACGGAGGCGACCAACGUCAUCUCUGAGAUGAAAUACCCCAAAGUCCAGAAGUACUGUUUGAUGAGUGUGAAAGGCUGCUACACCGACUUCCACAUCGAUUUCGGAGGCACGUCCGUCUGGUAUCACGUGUUCAAAGGAGGGAAGAUCUUCUGGUUGAUCCCGCCCACUUCCCUGAACCUAUCCCUGUAUGAGGACUGGGUGUUGUCAGGGAAACAGAGCGACAUCUUCCUCGGCGACCGCGCUGACGGCUGCCAGAGGGUGGAGCUGAAACAGGGAUACACCUUUUUCAUCCCCUCAGGCUGGAUCCACGCUGUGUACACACCUGAGGACACUGUGGUGUUUGGUGGAAACAUUCUGCACAGUUUCAACAUUCCCAUGCAGCUCACAGUCCAUGAGAUUGAGAACAGGACCAAGGUUCACUCCAAAUUCCGCUACCCGUUUUUCUAUGAGAUGUGUUGGUAUGUCCUGGAAAGGUACGUGAACUGCUUGACCAAACGUUCUCAUCUGAGCCAGGAGUUCCGGCGGGAGUCUGUGUUAACUGCGACAGACACGAAGCUCAGUGUUGAGAGCCCUGCCUCAGAUUCACGUCUGGACAUGGACGAAGACUCGUGUGACACGCAGGUCCGAGAGCAGCGGGGCGAACGGGCCGAGAAGUCCGCCCGACCUUCCGCCGACGCUCCCUGCUCUCCCGACAACAGGAAGUCCAAGCCCGGUGGCCCCGGAACUUUCCGCCCCCUCAAACAGGCCCAGACCAGCAGCUCUGAUGAUGGGUCCAAGUCCCUCCCCACCACCCAACCUCCAGAGUUCCCCAAGACCCCCUCAGGCUCCCCCGGCCCAGAUCUCCCGAGCAAGUGGACCCAUCUGACGGAGUUUGAGCUCACGGGCCUGAAGGCGCUGGUGGAGAGGCUGGAGUCACUGCCGGAGAGUAAGAGAUGUGUUCCAGAGGGUAUCAAAGACCCCCACGGCCUGCUGGAGGACAUGAAGGUUGUUCUGAAAGAACACGCUGAUGACGACCCAAAACUGGCCAUCAGUGGCGUGCCCGUCGUGUGCUGGCCAAAAAAGUUAGUCAAGCAUCGGCCUGCUAACCGGACCAAACUCAAGAUGGGCCUGUCUCCCGCGGCGACGGGGGCCAAGCUGUCGUCCAGUCGCGGUUCGUCGGGCGCCCGGCGGAGACGGACACGCUGCAGGAAGUGUGAGGCGUGUGUGCGGACAGAGUGCGGGGACUGUCACUUCUGUAAGGACAUGAAGAAGUUCGGCGGGCCGGGCCGGAUGAAGCAGUCCUGCAUCAUGAGACAGUGCAUCGCCCCUGUUCUGCCCCACACUGCGGUGUGUGUGGUGUGUGGAGAGGCAGGAAAGGAAGACACAGUAGAUGGAGAAGAGGAGAAAUUUAACCUGAUGCUGAUGGAAUGUUCUAUCUGUAAUGAGAUCGUCCAUCCAGCCUGCCUUAAGGUGAAGGAGGCUGGUGGGGUGGUGAACGAUGAGUUGCCGAACUGCUGGGAAUGUCCCAAAUGCAACCACGCCGGGAAGGCCGGGAAACAAAAAAGAGGGCCGGGGUUUAAGUACGCGUCCAACCUCCCGGGGUCGCUGCUGAAAGAGACCCGCGUUAACCGGGACGCCAAGGAGGAGGCGGAGUCGGCGACGGCCGCCCCGCCCACCCCGCCCCCUGCCGUACAGAGAAAGACCGAGCAGGAGGAGACGUCUAGACCAGCGCUCGCCGAACCCUCGAAGAAACGGCCGCCGCCGCCGGUCGCCGAAGGCCCUCCGAGGUGCGGGGCGGAGGAAAACCCACUGCGCAAAAAGAGGAAGCUAGAGAGCAUGAGGAAUAUGACGGACAGGAGUCAGAGGAAGAGGUGAAAGACAGAGCGCACUUAGAAGAGGAAGAGGAUGAGGAAAGGGAUGAAGAGGAGGGGACGAGAGGAGAGGAGAGCACAGGAGAGGAGAAAGAGGACAAGCCCGCGCCAGCGUGGCUUCUCCAGACCUCCGCCAAGAGAAAGCGACCAAUCACACAGCAGCUCUCCGCGGGCGGGACCCAGCGGGGAGCGAGACAGCGACGGACGAGAGAGAGGUCAGCCCAAGGCCCGGCGCCGCCGACGCGCGCCCGGCAAAGAGCUCGGCAAGGACCCGGGCAAAGCCGCGGGCGAUCCGCCGAACGCAAAGGUUCAGAAGGGAGAGGACCGCGUGGCUCACCAGAACAGCCAGCCUCUGAAAACCGAACUGGAGAGCGAGGGAGAGGGUGAGGAGGGGAAACCGCUCCGAAACGGCAGCGGUCACCUGGGCGUCUGGCUCCAGCCCAAACCAGAGCUCAACGGGACGCCCCGGGAGCUGUCUCCCGUGGGCUGGAGCCCGAGCCCGCCUCUGCUCGCCCCGCCCUGUCCCCGCCCCUCGCCCUGCCGCGCCCCGCCCAAGUGCGUCCAGAUGGAGCGACACGUCAUCCGGCCGCCUCCCAUCAGCCCCCCGCCCGACCGCCUGCCCCUGGACAACGAGCGGAACCACAUCAUGCACAGAGAGGCGUGGAUGGAGGUUUUCGGACACCUCUCUCACAGGGACCUCUGCGUGUGCAUGCGCGUCUGCAAGACCUGGAACAGAUGGUGCUGCGAUAAGAGGCUGUGGACCAGAAUCAAUCUGAACCGCUGUAAGUCCAUCACUCCCCUGAUGCUGAGCGGUAUCAUCCGCAGACAACCCGUCUCUCUGGAUCUCAGCUGGACCAACAUCUCCAAGAAACAGCUGAGCUGGUUAAUCAACAGGCUCCCAGGGCUGCGUGUGCUGCUGCUGUCAGGCUGUUCCUGGGUGGCCGUGUCGGCUCUCUGCACCUCCAGCUGUCCUCUGCUGCGCAGCCUGGACGUGCAGUGGGUGGAGGGACUGAAGGACCCCCAGAUCAGAGAUCUGCUUUCCCCUCCUACCGAUAACAGGCCAGGUCAGACAGACAGCAGGAGUAAACUGCGUAAUGUGGUGGACCUGCGCCUGGCCGGACUGGACAUCACAGACACCUCCCUGCGCCUCCUUAUCACAUACAUGCCAAUGCUGACCCGUCUAGACCUGAGUUACUGUAACCACAUCACCGACCAAUCAGUCAACAUCCUCACCGCAGCCGGCACCUCCACACGGGACUCGCUCACCGAGAUCAACCUGUCAGUUUGCAACAGGGUGACGGACCAGUCGCUGUCGUACUUCAAACGCUGCGCGAGCAUUUGUCUCAUAGACUUGCGCUACUGUAAGCAGGUGACCAAGGAAGGCUGCGAACAGUUCGUAGCCGAGAUGUCUGUUAGCGUCCAGUUCGAGCUGCUGGAGGAGAAACUGCUACGCAAAGUGAGCUAG